CUGUGUACACACGAUAUCAGCGCUUCGUACACAAUGCACCGACUGAGCUUUGUCUGCCGCUAACGUGCUCAGGCAGUAGGCCCAUCUGCCAGUUGUCCAGGGGUCCUUGAAAGUGGAGCUGAGAUUUCUCUGCCGAGAAAACGACACUAAACCCACGCAACUUGCCAUACAUUUCAGCCAUGUUUGCUUUCCAUCGACCGAAGAUUUACCGCAGUAUCAACGGCUGUUGCAUUUGCAAAGCCAAGUCAUCAAGUUCAAGGUUUACAGAUAGUAAAAAAUAUGAGAAUGAGUUUCAGCUAUGUUUCAACCUUGGCGAAGACCAGAAACGCGCCGGAGAGAUAUGUAAUGCUUGCGUCCUGCUGAUCAAACGAUGGAAGAAGUUACCAAAAGGAACAGAGAGAAACUGGAAUCAUGUUGUGGAUGCACGAGCUGGUCCGGGAGGCAAAAGUCUCUUGCGGAGUAAAUUAAAGCACACACCAGUCAAAUCACCGCAAUCAAGUCAUGGAUGUUGCAACCUGAGGAAACGUAAACAUCGAAGUACUGAAGGCAUCCGCAAAAUGAGGCUUAUGGAUAGAUUAUCACAUCCUACCAGAGAGGAUGCAGAUAAAGCGCCGCUGAGUCCAACAGCCAGUGAGAGCUCCGUCGAUGAUCUGGAGGACCUUAGGAGUAGGAAUGGUAUUGAGAUGAUGACGGCUAAAGAACGAUUCGAUCUCCCGCCAUCAUUGCAGGCAAUAAUUGACACGACUUACUGGAAAAUGGAGCACAUCUGUUGCGGUACUAUCUUCAAGGGAAGCAGAGGUGAGGUACUCAUUGAACCCACCCUCUUUAAACCCUGUACAUCAUGCGCUGUAUCUUCGACACCACCCUGCGCCACGUACAAGACGGCCGAUGUGAACAGAGAUGCACGGCCCGACAGCCUGGGUAGCGACGACUCGCUGGAUAUUUCGGAUCGUGAGAUGGAUGAAUGCGCGGCCGACGACGAAACCACGAGUACAGAAGGUGACGUGUUGGAUUCGCUGAUGGGUUUGUCCGGGGUAGCGACACUAAAAAAAGGCGUGGUCGUUUAGGGUGUGGUCAAACGGUAGGAGCUUGAUAAGUGCAUUAGAGUUCACAGCAGAAACUCUAAGUCUAGAACAUUUCGUUCCAAGCAUUAAACUUGAGUUUUCGAAAAGCAGUUUUCUGCAAUUGUGAUGUAAACAAAUUCAAAAGAAAAUAACAAAAAUCAUGAAAUAAUAUGGACAAAAUCAGAGGAUUAGCAGCUGAUAUCCAUGAAUUGGCAACUCGCGCACAUUACAAAAUUAAAAAGCAUUCCAUUUUUAUACUUAAAACAAUUCCUUGUCCCAGUGCUUCCAACGUUAUAAGACUACCUCCAAAACUAAGAUGCAAUUUCUUUGAAAAGUUACAACCACUAAACAGCACCUGAACAGCAGAAAAUGCGAUUAUUCCUUUCAAACUUGUAUUUUUCAUCAGUACAAGUUAGAUUUGAUUAACUUAUUCAUUUGUCGAAUGGGGUCGACACUACUUCAAUCGUACAUUAAAAUGAAAAGGUUACACUCAGUUUAAAUGACUCAGUGAAACUCCCAACCGUUAUUAACAGUCCAUGCAUUUGUAGUUUGAUUCAUUUUUUUUUAAAGAUUUGCCUUACAAAGGUUCCUUCUAUGCAGGAAAACCUUGUGCUUUUUGAAAGCCGCGGUGCACUUGAACCCGACAAUCAGCCAAAAACUAAUACAUGUCGAAAAAAACAUUCUGCCAUUUUUCCAAAUGACUCAUUGUGCUGUAAAAUAUGAGGGUCAUUCCAUAGGGUGUACAUAUAUAUUUAUUAGAUGUUAACUAAAAUUAACAAAUAAGACUGAUUUGGGGGGGGGGUCCAGACAAACAAUGUCAGUGUUUUAAGAGGCUCCAAUGAUGUAGCUUGCUGAGUUUGACCCAAAAAGCAGUGGAGCCAAUAUUCAUGUCACAACUCACAUCAAAUGUUGCCUAUGAUUUACUUUUCUGUAGAAAUCUUAGUGCCUCCAUCAUAGACAAAUCAACUACUGAUGGACACAUGUAUUUAUAAGGUCAUAAUAUGCAAUGAGAUAUAUGUUUGUGGUGCUGUAUAUAAGCUUUGUAUGAAAAGUGUCAUGUUGUUACUGUGCAUGUGAGCGUGGUUCAGUUCAUAGCACACAACGGGGGAAGAGUGUACACAUUUAAAACAAUGGCAACAAUAAUUGAAUGUUGUUUACCAGUGGAGGUAGAACUGAUGUUUCUCUAUGUAAAUCACUUAUGCAAGCUGCUUAUGUGUUUACUAUGUUUAUUACUGAAGUAUGGUGCCGCAUUGUGUGCGUAAUGUAUCUUUGUAGUCAGUAUUUGUAUUCCAGUAAAGUGAUUUGUCAACUAUUAAAAGUACAGUCAACAAAGAUUUAUACAAUCAGUACCUUUCUCAAUUGCUUUCAUUCAAGAAAUUUUAACAAAACUUUCUUCAUAACUAAUGCUAAAAAGGGAAAGUGCACACUUGUACACAUAUUCCUCAAGAUUGGAAAUUCUACAAGAAGCUCAU